AUGAAGAGAAAGAACGAAUUUCGCGGGAUGGGGGAUGCUGGCCGUGAUGUGUUCUUCAUGGUGGCCAAGGCUCGCUAUGUGGCGGUACACGAGAAUAAUAGAAACAUCCCCUCACUGAAUCAAGAUUUCAGUCUCGCCACAGUAUUUACGCUGCCGCACAGUCACGACCCGCCGGAAGUGACAGCCUCGUGGAUCCAGGACCAAGUAGCCACGUAUAGCAGCCAGGACGAUGUCUUCAACGAGCAGUUCUUGGCUACCGUGAUCUUCGACAGCAGCAGCAGCAGCAGUCGCAGCCAAGAAGCAGGAGACGUGAAGAUCACAGAUGAAGCACAUUUAUGUCUUCAAGGGCACGGAACCGAGCGAGUGGUGUGUACGUCGUUGCCACAACUGCUGCCAGGUCCGUACGCCCUGGUAGGCAGCCAACUCAGAGAUAUCUGGAAACUGGUUGACGACAUCAAUGGGACCUGUAUGGUGACUUUGAAUCCGCAGCAGAACGUAGAAGAUGAUUUUCAGCCAUUCCCGGUCUUUAGUUCAGAUGAUCGGUUUUCGAGCUUUGCACUUCCCUCGCGAAUCAAGACUCGUGCGGCGUCCAGUUCCUUCUUCGCGGGUAUGCCUGUCCUAGUCAAAGAUAACAUUCAUCUCAAAGGUAUCAAGACAUCCGUCGGGAAUUGUGCCUUUUAUGAAAUAUACUCUCUACAGCCCGAAACAGCGGAAUGUGUGCAAAAAUUGAUCGAUCAGGGUGCGGUGAUUCUUGGCAAGACCAAGAUGAAUUCCCUCGCUAUAUGGGAAGAGCCGUUUCCGGGAGGGAGUAGCUCUGGAAGUGCAGCGGCUGUUGCGACGUAUGACUGGCUUGAUAUGGCUAUUGGCACAGACACUUGGGGAAGCGUGACUCGACCUGCGCUCUGGUGUGGUUGUUAUGGUCUGCGUCCGAGCUUUGGGGCAGUCUUAGCGCAUGGUAUUGAGCCGUGCUGCCAUGGGGUUUUUGAUAUAGCUGGUAUCCUUGGGAGAGAUCUGAGAAAAUGUAGAGAUUUCGCAUCAGAAUGGCUACGUCUAGACGCGCUGCAGAAGGACCCAAAGCCGUUCAAAUUGGUUAUUUUGCCAAUAGAUUACUGGAAGGUCAUUGAUCUUAAACAAGCCGCCAUCGGUCAGAUUUCUUUCGAAGAGCUUUGGCAACGGUCUCCACCCGAAGAUGCGCGGGGGUGCAUAUUAUCGGAAUACAUCGACUGGGCAGCUGAUGUUCAGGACUACGACGCCUACCACAACUGCGAUGACUUUCGAAACAAAUAUCAGAAGCUUAGUGGACAUGCACCAUACGUAUCGCCACUAAAUCAAAAGGCAUGGGAAUAUGCGCAAACUAUAUCAAAAGAAAAGCGGGAUAAGGGAUUUAAAAACAUAGCUACUUACAAAAAAUGGUUUGAAGACUAG